AUGGAGGUGAGGAAUAUGACUGUACUGACAGUGCUUGUCAGUCAAAGCACAUCUCUGUCAAACUGCACUGUGGACACCAGCUACCGCUUCACCUUCUACCAAGUGACCAACAGCGUCAUCUUUCUGAUAGGUUUGGCUACUAACAGCCUGGCUCUGCGAAAACUGCAGAUUUGCUACACCAGCAACAGCACGGUCAUAUACCUGGUGAGCCUCUCUGUAGCUGACAUGUUUUUUGUUGUCUCAUUGCCGCUGAGAAUCCACUACCACUACCAAAAGGCCCAAGCACUGACCUUCAAGACAGGAGAUGGCUGGAGCCCUGGGGCGGCAUGCUGUCAACUUACUUUUAGCUUCAAAUACAUCAGCCUGUAUGGGAGCAUCUUCUUCCUUGUCUGCAUUAUGGACCGCUACUUAGCGGUAGUGCACCCUUUAGCAUCAGCCGGACAAAGGGUGCGUGUGGCGCAGCUCUUAAGUGGGGCGAUCUGGUGCUUGGUGGUUUGGCUCAGUGUGACUGUGCCUGCAGCAGCCCAUCAGGAUCAUUCAUGCCUGCUGGACCCUUCCUCACAGCGUCACCGCACAAUCAUACUAGACCUAGGUUUAGUGAUGGUUUCAUUCAUACUACCCACAGUCAUACUACUCUACAGCUACAGCCGGGUGCUCAGUGCGGUCCGCCAGUCAAGACAUCGUCGCCGGCACACUCUCAUCCUAAUUUACUGGGUGCUAGGUGUCUUCUUGCUCUGCUUUGUCCCCUAUCACAUCAACCUGCUGGGCUAUACGCUUACGCAUGUGGGGCUGAUGUACAGUUGCGGCCUAGCAAAGAUGACAAAACUUGUCCACCCAAUCGUUUUAUCUCUGGCCAGCUUCAACUGCUGCCUCAACCAGCUCAUCUACCACUUCUCCAGCAGCCUGGCGCACAAGGGAAGCUACUGGCAGCAAAGGCAGUGGGAGCCACUGAUUAAGGGAAUGUGCUAA